AGCUUCCGGAAGCGGCGGUUAGCUCGGCGCGGGCGGUUGAUCUGAAGGACUUCGGGGCUGUUCUGCGGCUAGUGGGGGAAGCCCUGGAAACUCGAGUGUCCGCCGCUCGCAUCUUCCAAGUGUCAGUGGAGGGGAUUACGGGCUGCAUGGGGAUAGGAUGGAUGGCGGUUUCAGGGCUGCAAGGGUAGCGCGGUGAGCAGGUUUGAGCAUGGCAGAAGGGGACACCUUGGUCUCAGUGGAUUACGAAAUUUUUGGAAAGGUUCAAGGGGUGUUUUUCCGCAAGUACACUCAGGCUGAAGGUAAAAAGCUAGGUUUGGUGGGCUGGGUUCAGAACACCAACCGGGGCACGGUGCAAGGGCAACUGCAAGGCCCCAUCUCCAAGGUGCGCUUUAUGAAGGAGUGGCUGGAGACAAGAGGAAGUCCCAAGUCACACAUUGACAGAGCAAACUUCAACAACGAGAAAGUCAUCUCAAAUUUGGAUUAUUCAGACUUCCAAAUUGUAAAAUAAUGACACAAAUUUUAAUUUUUUUCAAAAUAAUCUCACUCCUUUUUUAUCGAUAAAAAAAAUAGAAUUAUUCUGUGCUCAGUAUUAGAAUUUGUUAGUAAGUUAUUUUGGUUGCAUGUUUGAAAAGUUACCAUGUAUUACAUGUAUGAUGAAAUACAAAUGUAUACAGUUCUAACCAAUAAAAACACAUUAGAACCUUA